GGUGCUGUCACACAGCCAUGGCACUGUCCGCGGAGAUGGAGCUGUACGGCACCCCUGCCUCCAGGCUGGACUCCUUCGUGGCUCAGUGCCUGCAGCCCAGCCGGGAGUGGAAGGAAGAGGUGCUGGAGGCCGUGAAGACCGUGGAGCAGUCCCUGAGGGAAGAGCCCCUCGAGGGAGAGUGUGGGCCGGACCAGGAGGUGCGGGUGCUGAAGCUGGUGAAGGUGAGACGGGGCUUCUCCAUCCCAGGCCAGGGCCGGGCACGCCCAGCUCUCCAGGCACAGGCACUGGGCUUCCUAAAUCCCGCCUCGCCCUUCGCUUCCUCUCCCCCAGGGCCUUCUGCUCCCCACUCGCAGCCGCCCCCCGAGGUCUAUGUGAACCUGGUGAAGGCCUGCCGGUACCCCGGCCAUCUCUCUCCUUCCUUCUGCGAGCUGCAGAGAGACUUCGUGAAGCAUCGGCCCACCAAGCUGAAGAGCCUCCUGCGGCUGGUCAAACACUGGUACCUGCAGUAUGUGAGAGCCAGGAGCCCCAGGGCCGCGCUGCCCCCUCUCUAUGCCCUGGAGCUGCUGACCAUCUACGCCUGGGAAAUGGGCACGCAGGAGAAUGAGAGCUUCAGGUUGGACGAAGGCCUCACCACUGUGAUGGAACUCCUCCAGGACUAUGAGUCCCUUUGUAUCUACUGGACCAAGUACUACACGUUCCAGAACCCGAUCAUUGAGGACGUUGUCAGAAAACAGCUCCAAAGAGAGAGGCCCAUCAUCCUGGAUCCAGCUGACCCCACCUACAACGUGGCGGAAGGGUGCAGGUGGGACAUAGUGGCUCAGAGGGCCUGCCAGUGCCUGAAGCAGGACUGUUGCUAUGACAGCAAGGACAACCCGGUCCCCAGCUGGAAUGUGAAGAGGGCACGAGACAUCCAGGUGACCGUGGAGCAGUGGGGCUGCCCAGAUUGGACCCUCAUGGUGAACCCUUAUAGCUCCAUAAGGAAGGUCAAGGAGAAGAUCCAGCGGAGACAGUGCUGCACGGGCCUGCAGCGUCUGUCCUUCCAGACUCCGGGCGGCGAGCGGAGGCUCCUCAGCAGCCGCAGCUCCCUGGCGGAGUUCGGGAUAUUCUCCGACACGCGCAUCUGCCUGCUGGAGACCAUCCCCCCGGAGAUCCAGGUCUUUGUGAGGAAUCCGGAAGGUGGGAGCCACGCCUAUGCCAUCGACCCCAACAGCUUCGUGCUGGGCCUGAAGCAGCAGAUAGAAGACAAGCAGGGGCUGCUCAGAAAGCAGCAGGAGCUGCAGUUCCUCGGCCAGGUCCUGCAGGACUGGUCGGUUUUGGGGAGCUAUGGUAUCAAGGACAGCGACACCCUCAUCCUCUCCAAGAAGAAAGACACACAUUUCCCAUUUCUGCCCAGCUAGUUUCCUCUGGGAACCUCUCUGGGCGGUUCUGCCAUCUAAUCCAGGACCCACCCUGUCAAUCACUCCUUCAGCCGCUGCUGAAGGGCCCCAGGUCUUCUCCAGCUUUGUAAAGAGUUACCCCAGCCCUCUCUGCCGGGAGGAACGGGGAGGGUGUGCGCGAUUAGAUAUGCUGUGAACAUAAAAACAUUCAAACCUGUAAA